CCAAUCCCCGACUUAGUCCCAGGUACUUAGCGAGCCAGUCAGCAGCUCCUGCCUCGCUGUGGACCGCAGCCGGCCUGAUGGGGCGGGGAGGGGGCAUGUUAUCCCCUCCAUUCCCGACCCCUGAGAAAGAGAUAAUGUCAUCGAAGUACAGAGUCUACAGGUUUCCAGCCCAGAGUACCAGAGGAAGGAUUUCCUAAUGAAGAAGUAGAGAUUUCAGCUCCACAGUGAAGGUCCUGGAGAACCACUGAGCCCCCAAGCUCUGGGAAUCAAAAAUUCAAGCCAGGAGGAGCAUGCAUUCCCAACCUCUGAGACCUUUGCCCAGAGUUUCCAAAAAUGUUGAGUAAGGUCGUUGAAGUGACCGGUGCUGAAACGAUUCCUGACCAAUCUGCUUGGGUAAACAGGAUUGGAGUGAAAGUAGAAUAUCCAGAAACUAGCUUUGGAAAAUCUCACCCAAAUGCUUCAGGAGACAGCUUUGCCUUUUUAGGAAUCUGCCCUUCACAAGAGGGCAGCACUGAGAGGGAAGGAAUGACUUCUGGGCUCUUGACUACCAGAUCCCAGGAAUCAUUGACAUUCAAGGAUGUAGCUGUGGACUUUACCCAGGAGGAAUGGGGGAAACUGGACUCUGGUCAGAGAUACCUGUAUAGGGAUGUAAUGCUGGAGAACUACAGGAACCUGGUCUCACUGGGGCAUCAGGGUUCAAAACCAUAUGUGAUUUCCCAGUUGGAACAAGGACAAGAGCCUUGGAUAGUAGAGAGAGAAAUCUCAAGGGGUAACUGCAAAGACUGGGGAACCAGGCCUGAAACCAAGGAUCCAGUUCCCAUACAGGGCAUUUCUGAAGAAGGAACAUCUCAGGAGGCAAUGGAAAGAUUCACAAAGGAUGGUAUCUGGUACUCUAAAUCAGGAGAAACCUGGAAGUCUGAUGAUCAUUUUGGAAAGCAGCCAAAUAAUGAAGAAGACUAUCUGAGGCAAGUUACAGUUUCCCCAAAGAAAAUUUUUCUUGGGAAGAUAGAUCCUGAGUGUUAUGAAUUUAGUCUAAAUUCAAUCCUUGUUACAGAACAGAGAGUUCCUACAAGAGAGAGAGACCUUGAAUGUGAUAUAUUUGGAAAAACUUUCAGGUGUAAUUUGCAUCUAAUUGGACAUCAGAAAAUGUGUGUAGGGAAGACACCAUAUGAGUGUAAUGAAUGUGGAAAAGUUUUUAAUAAAGGUGCCCUCCUCAGACAGCAUCAAAGAAUCCAUACAGGAGAGAAACCUUAUAAAUGUAAUGAUUGUGGAAAAGCUUUCAGACUUCGUGGAAACCUUACUCAACACAGAAGGAUUCAUACAGGAGAGAAACCCUAUAAGUGUAAUGAAUGUGGGAAAGCCUUUAGAUUGCAUGGACACCUUACUCAACAUAAGAGAAUUCAUCCUGGAGAAAAAAUCUAUGAAUGUAAUGAAUGUGGAAAGGCUUUCCAUAGGGCUGCACUUCUACUGCAACAUAAGAGAAUCCAUACUGGAGAGAAACCCUAUAAAUGUAAUGAUUGUGGAAAAGUUUUCAGUAAUAGUGCCCUCCUCAUGCAGCAUCAGAGAAUCCAUACUGGAGAGAAACCCUAUGAAUGUAAUGAAUGUGGGAAAGCCUUCAGACUUAGAGGAAACCUUACUCAACAUAAAAGAAUCCAUACAGGAGAAAAACCUUAUAAAUGUAAUAAUUGUGGGAAAGCUUUCAGUAAGGGUACACUACUUAUGCAGCAUCAGAGAGUCCAUACUGGAGAAAAACCCUAUGAAUGUCAUGAGUGUGGAAAAGCCUUCAGACUUCGUGGAAAUCUUACACAACAUAAAAGAAUUCACACUGGAGAGAAACCCUAUAAAUGUAAUAAUUGUGGGAAAACCUUCAGUCAGAGUAAACACCUAACUCAACAUCAGAGAAUUCAUACCGGAGAGAAGCCCUGAUGUAAUGAAUGUGGGAAGGCAUUUUGUGAUAGGUCAUCCUUGACCAAACAUCAGAGGAUUCAUACUGGAGAGAAACCUUAUGAAUGUAAUGAGUGUGGGAAAGCUUUCAGUAGGGGUGCCCUCCUUACUCAACAUCAGAGAGUCCAUACUGGUGAGAAACCCUAUAAAUGUAAUGAUUGUGGGAAAGCAUUUAGUAAGGGUGCACUCCUUAGGCAACAUCAGAGAGUCCAUACUGGAGAAAAACCAUAUAAGUGUAAUGAAUGUGGAAAAGCCUUUAGACUUCGUGGACACCUUACUCAACAUAAGAGAAUUCAUACAGGAGAGAAGCCUUAUGAAUGUAAUGAAUGUGGGAAAACCUUCCGUCAAAGUACAGACUGUACUCAACAUCAGAGAAUCCAUACCGGAGAGAGACCAUAUGCAUGUAGCGAAUGUGGGAAAGCAUUUUGUGAUAGGUCAUCUUUGACUAAACAUCAGAAGAUUCACACUGGAGAAAAACCUUAUGAAUGUAAUGAAUGUGGAAAAGCUUUCAUUCGAAGUUCAUAUCUUAUUCAACAUCAUAUAACUCAUACUGGAGAGAAACCCUUUGAAUGUAAUGAAUGUGGGAAAGCCUUCAGCCUGCAUGCAAAUCUUACUCGACAUCAGAGAAUUCAUACUGGAGAGAAGCCCUAUAAAUGUAUUCGUUGUGGAAAUGCAUUUAGACAUAGUUCAGCCCUGAUUAGACAUCAGAGAGUUCACAAUGGAAAAUAAUUCUGCGAAUUUAUAAAGAAACCCUUUGAGUGUAAUGAAUGUGGUAAAUCUUUCAGUAAAAGUGCGCUCCUUCGGCAACAUCAAGUAGUACAUACUGGAGAGAAACCUUAUAAAUGUAAUGAAUGUGAGAAAGCUUUCAGUAAGGGUGCACUCCUUAUUCAACAUCAGAGAGUCCAUACUGGAGAGAAACCCUAUAAAUGUAAUGACUGUGAAAAAGCUUUCAGUAAGGCUGCACUCCUUAUGCAACAUCAGAGAGUCCAUACUGGAGAAAAACCCUAUAUGUGUAAUGAAUGUGGGAAAGCAUUUAGUCAGAGCAUAUGUCUUACUCGCCACAAGAGAAUUCACACUGGAGAGAAACCCUAUGAGUGUAAUGAAUGUGGAAAAACUUUUAGAUUGCGUGGACACCUUACUCAGCACCAGAGAAUUCAUACUGGAGAGAAACCAUAUAAAUGUAAUGAAUGUGGGAAAACCUUCAGUCAGAGUACAGACCGUACUCAACAUGAGAGAAUUCAUACUGGAGAAAAACCCUAUAAAUGUAUCGAAUGUGGAAAAACCUUCAUUCAGAGUACACACUUAACUCAACAUCAGAGAAUUCAUACUGGAGAAAAACCUUAUGAAUGUAGUGAAUGUGGAAAAGCAUUUUGUGAUAGGUCAUCCUUUACUAAGCAUCAAAGAAUUCAUACUGGAGAGAAACCCUAUGAAUGUACUGAAUGUGGGAAAGCCUUUAUUAGAAGUUCAGACCUUAUUCAACAUCAUAGAACUCAUACUGGAGAGAAACCCUAUGAAUGUAAUGCAUGUGGGAAAGCCUUCAGCCUGCAUGUGCACCUUACUCGACAUCAGAGAAUCCAUACUGGAGAGAAACCCUAUAAAUGUAAUCAAUGUGGGAAUGCCUUUAGGCAUAGUUCAGCCCUAGUCAGACAUCAGAGACUUCAUAGUGGAGAGUAAUCCUGAGUAUUUAGUGAAUAAUGUAAAACUUUUAGACUUAUCCCUUAUUCAAAUACUCUAUAGUCACAAUAUCACAUAAGUUACCAGUUAUUAUUUUACUUGGGGUAUUUAAAUUGAGAAAUAUGUUUCUUUUCCCUUCUGCUCUGUUUCUCUUCUCCAAUAAAAGCUAGCAUCAUCCACAAAGUGAGGUUAAAUCAGUUCAUCCCGAAGUAGCUCAUAUGAUAAAUUUGUUUAAGCAUUAAUCCACCUAAUACCAAUUUUCUAGGAAUAAUAAGCAUUUUAAUUUUGAUUCUUUAAAAAUUACCUAUUUUACAAGGAUAUUUUUAGCCUCCGUUAAUUUUUUCUUCAUAAUUAUUAUCUUAUUUUGUACUAUAGGAAAUCAGAAAAUAAAGGAAAACCUUUGUCAUGAUCAUGAAAUUAGAAAGUGCUUCCUGUUACCUUUCAUGUUUUGCUGCUUUUGUCUUAUUACAAAUUUUCUUGUAAUAUUAAUCAUAGGAAUUGAUAUCAGUUUGUUAGUAUUUUUUCUUAUGUUUGAUAACAGAAUGUCUUUAUUCUUUUUGAACUGUCAUCUAAGCAGUUUGACCUCAUACCCUGAUGUUUUGCAGAGCAGACUUACCUUGAAAAUGCAUGCAUAAACUAUUGCUGGCACUGAAAUGUUCAUUUUAUGAUCCAUCACUGUGUUGUGGAUUCAUAUGACAGAAAAACCUCAUAUGGCUUUAAUGGUGAUCAAACUCAGACCAGAGUUGUGAGUUUGAUUCUGAACUUGCAGAGUACAUGUUGAAAAACUUGAUGAAUGUCCUACAUAUUUGUAUUUAUAUUUAUAUUUGUGUCUGUAAGAAUUAUAAAACAUUGUUUUUGGUU